AUGAUUCGAUGGAAUUUGGUCAAUACUGCGAGCGACGAAGCUCAACUUGCCACGCCCGGCGAAAAUGUCAAUGAACAAUAUGAGGGCGUAUUGAAACUAUUAAAGGCAAAUGCUAAACUAAGCAAUUCAGAGAAAAUAGAAGCAGAAAGAAAUUUCACUUUCAUGAAGGAUCGGGAAAAUCUUGUUCGUCUUAAGGGACCUACCUACCUGUGCAAACAGUGUAAUAGGUCGGGGUACACCAUAUUGUUUUGCGAACUCUGCGCACGCGAUCAUCUCACAAAAAAUUUUGUCAACUGGACAUCAGGAAAUAAAAUUAUCGACCAAGCAAUUCAACAAUCGCAAAUCAAUCUUCCGUUGCCUAGGUAUAUUAUCGAAUGGAUUCCAUAUGAUGAUCUUGAAGAUAUUAAGUACAAAACACAUGGAGGAUGCGCUCAAAUUUUCAUCGCCGUUUGGAAGAAAGGGGUUAUAUUGUCGUUUUCUAACAAAAAGCAGGAAUUUGAAAGAAGUUCUCCAGGUAUUGUGAUCCUCAAGAAAUUAUUGGAUAGUCAACAUGCAAGUACUCAAUUUCUCGAAGAGUUAAAAGUUCAUAUCUUACUCGGUUCAAAAGGCUACACUGUUGCUACUUGUUAUGGAAUAACAAGAGAUCCCAGUACCGGGGAAUAUAUCUUGGUGCUUGCCCAUUAUCAACAAGACUUUAGUUCUUAUAUCAAGGAAUCUGCUGAUAUCACUUGGAAAGAUAUUUAUAGCAUAUUUUAUAAUGUGUCUGAGGAUCUUUAUAAUAUGCACGCUGAAAAUCUUAUCCACCGCGAUCUCCACAGUAAAAAUGUCUUAAAGUCUAAGGGCAAUUUAUUUCAUCUUUCGGAUUUUGGUAUUUGCGGUCCAGCAAAUAAACAACCCUCAGAAAUUUACGGGAACCUUCCAUUCACUGCACCCGAGGUCUUACUUGAUCGUAAAUACACAACUGCAGUCGAUAUUUACAGUAUGGGAAUGCUUAUGUAUCAUGCAACCACUGGUCACCCGCCUUUUUUUAACCGUAUUCAUGACACGCUACUCGCUUACGAAAUUUAUGAGGCAGCCCUUCAAAAACCCGACACACUUGUUAGGGACAGUGUAACUAGUCGAAUCCAGACGACCGGAAAUAUUCACGAGGGUCAAAGUAGCACACUUGUUGAAAAUGAUGUAGCCAGUCGAAUGUUGAUGAUGGGAGAUAUUCAGGAGAGUCAAAGCACACUUAUUGAAAACAAUGUAACCAGUCGAAUGUUGAUGAUGGAAGAUAGUCAAAGCACCAUAUACUCUUUGGAAAUCCUACCUGAUCUUCGAAAUGCAUCAAAAGUAAAUGAUAGCGGCAUUGUUAAACCAUCAACUGUCUCUAAUGUCGUAUGGCAAAAACCAGAUUACCAAAACCGCAAAAAACCUAACUUGAUCAAAAAGGGUCAUCUCGUCUUGUUAAAACCACCUGAUAGGACCAAUUGA